UAAUUUUUUUAUUUCAAAUUUAGAUUUGUAGCUAUAUAUACAAUAUAUAUCUCACAUCUGCAAGAGUCAUAAUGAAGGAUGCAGAUCAAUUGUCUUUUGGAUCUGUUAUUUCUUUGAGAAGUGUUUCUGAUGCAGGUGGACUAGAAUCUGAAAGACCUCGAGGAAAACGACCUUCCAGUGCAUCAAAGAAAAAUAAGAAAGGCUCUCCUUAUGGGACGCCUACAAAAUCACUUUCCAAAAAAUCAACUUUAAAAACUGGACGAGAAGUAUGGGUAGCUGCUAUUCAAAAUGGAGGAGGGAUGAGUGCUGAAAGUGCUGGCAUGAACACAUGGAAAGAUGGCAAGCCUUCAAAUUUAGCUAACCGCUCAAAUGGAAGCAACUUUUUAAUGGAACAACUUCUUCCUAAUUCGAAAAAACAAACAAGACCAUCAAGUGCCACAGCUAGAGUUGGUGGUUCUGGACCAGUUUAUAAAGAUGCUGAAUCAUAUUAUGAUGAAAUACAAGUUUUAAAACGAAAUCUAAAACAAUCUAAAGGUGAAAAUGAUAUUUUGAAAGCCAAAAAUAACCGCUUAGAAGAUGAAGUACUUGCAAAGUCAAAAAAGAUAGAUGAAUUAUUGAACCCUGAAACACAGAGUAAUGAUUUGCGACGAACAUUGACGUCAAAAAGGCCUGGAACUAGUGAAGUUGUUAUGAGUUUACGUAGGAAAAUUCAUAAAUUAGAAGAAACUUUGAGAGGAAAGGAAAAUGAACUAAGAAAAAUUUCUAGUGAUCUUAAAGUAACCAAUUUGGAUGAGUUGAAUCUUGAAAAUCAGAUGUAUCUCUACGAAAUACAAAGACUAACACAGAUGGUACAAGAAAGUCAGUUUCAUGCAGGAAACAAUACUAUUUCUGAUGACAUCAUAAAUGAUGCAUUGAGAGAUAAUAAAGGAAGAAAAGCCCAAAUUUUAAUCAAAAGAUUGACAGAGGAUAAUCACAGCCUUGUACUAGAGAACAAAUCGUUGAAAAAUGACCUUAUGAAAUUGACACAGGGAAGUACUACUGAAAAUCUGAAUAAAGAUUAUGAGGAUAUGAACAGAACGGAACUUUUACAAAAAAUACAAAGUUUAGAACAGCGGUUAAAAGAGGAGGAAAGUUCAACUUUAAAGGAAACUGAUGUGCAAAAAGAUAUUGAGGUUGACGAAGAAGCUAUUGAUGACCGUUGUAUUGAGCUAAAGGGACCUCCUCCUCAACAAGUGAAACAGCUCCGUGCUCGUGAAAAAGAGUUGUUAGGAGAUAUCGAACGACUGGAAAAUUCCAUCAAAAAAUUGAAAGAAGAUCGAUCGCACUAUAGAAAGAUGACUGAUGACUACAGACAACAAUUAGAAAGUUUAUCUAAAGAAAAUCAAGAUGGAUGCUCUGACACUGCUUCUGUGAAAAGUGAGAACACUGUGAAGAGAAAAAAAUCUGGAUCAGUGACACCAAGAAAGUCCAGUGAAAAUACGAAAAACAGUGACGAAGAGAAGGAUAAAGAAAAGAUAAAACUGAAAAAGAAUGACGUCAUUGCGACGUCACCAAGAAAGGAAAAACAAAAGUCAGAUCGUGUGUACAUGGACGAAGAAGAUGAACUUGAAAAUGCGAUAAUUUCAGUGCAGUCUGCAUGGAGAGGACAUCGCUCUCGAUCAGAUUUUUUAAAAACAAAUGAAGAAAGAGAAGAAGAGGUGGAUGAUGAUGAUGUCUUGCUUAUCCAGUCUGCUUUUCGAGGACAUGCUGCAAGAAAAAAUGCGUUAAUAAGACAAGAUAACAGAAGAGGCUCACGAAAAUCUUCGAAAUACAUGCAAGAUGAUCAACGAGCGCCAUACUAUGAAGAAGACGACGAGACAGAUGAAGACGAUGCCGUAGUCAUAGGUAGCAGCGCCAGUCUCAGUAAAUACAGAGAUUCGCCCAGAAAAUCGAGAAAACCCAAAAUAUAUGAAAACCCAGAUGCACCGUCUUACAAUGCACGGAAUCGACAUAAUAUGAGAGAUAAAUACGACCCGCGUGAAAAGUACGACACGCAGGACAAACGUGACUCGCGUGGUAAUAAAGGCAGAGAUAGGAACGAUCGCAACAAAGAACGCAAUAGAGGUAGCGUGGCUGCAUUUCUAGAUGAAGAUGAAAGUGAAGACGAUGAAAGAGCUCGUGAAGAACUUUCUAGAAGGUUUCGACGUGAUGAUGAGGAGGAAAUGAAUACAAAAAAAACAUCGAUAAGUACAUUAAAGUCGUCGUCAUCACCAUGGAAAAACACGUACCAGAUUGACGACAGCGAUGAGCAGGAAGAUACUAUUCUGACUUCAAAAAACAGCUCCAAGAGAAAAGACUCUCGAAAGGAGAGUAGGACCAAUCGGAAUGAACGACUUCGCGAUGAUAUCACAGAUAAAUGGGCGAAAAGUGGUUCCACAUCUGGAAAGAAAGACGAUAAAUUUGACCGCAAUCCACCUUUUCGAAAAUCGACUCAACUCUUGCGAGAUUUUUCAAGAGAUGAAGAAAAUGAGGAUGAUACAGUAAUCGCGCCAUCUUUUCAAAAACGACUUGCAUCUAUGAAAAAGCCGAAUUUAAACGACGAGCUAUUUUAAUAUUCUACUUCGCAUCUUUUUAUGUUAAAACAAGGACCAGAUUUACGAGGCUUUCUAAGAAAACUAAUUUAUCGCUUCUUCGUGUUUUUUUUAUCAGACCAAGUUCAAUACGAUAAAUUACGAUAAAUAAUUGGAAUAAACUUAAGAAGUUUUUAAUGUUAUAUUUAUAUAGCUCAAUGUAUAUAAAAUUUUUGUCACAUAUAUUUAUCAAUUCUUUUUUCUUUGUAAAUAUAGAAUUUUAUUAACUUGUAUUUACGACAAAUAUAAACAUUUUUAAAUUGAAA